AUCAUUCAUUCCAAACUCAUUGAGCCGCGAUCAAAGAAAAUUUUUGCGCCGCGAAAACGUUUGGUUACUCGACGUAACUAUUCAGAACGAUUCGUCAUAUCGAAUAACGGAGUUCGAUUUUAUCGGGAUGUUUGCGAGGGAUGUUUAGAAAACACUGCAUAGCAGAAGUGUGUUUAACCGUUGCCCGCUAUAAAAUCGAUCGCCCUGUCGGCACUUGUCAUUACUCCAUGCAACGUCUUAUCGUCCGACGAUCGACGAUCGACUGUCCUCCGUUUUCACCGCGAUAAGAAAGUGAUGAAAAAAUGAAGUUUUCCGCGAUCACGUUGCUGUUAAUCGUCCUACAAGUACAUUAUGGUUCCUUUGCCAAAUUAGAAUCUAAAGAAAAUCAAACGGAGGUCGAUCAACAAAGGAGCGCAAGGGUUCAUCGGGUGUCCGACCGCGAGUUCACCGGAAAUGAAGAUUCUCAGUUAAAGAAUGCCAUCAAGGACAUCGUGAUCAAGCAGGCUGUUCUAUUGGGGAGCGAGGAGAUCGAGAAAUUUCUCACCGAUUUUCCUAAUUUGAGCAAUCUCGUGCAACACGAGACCCAAUUGUUUAAGGAGCUAAACAUGAUCCUAAUGGAGCUGGUUCGAGACGGAACGGUCACGUUGAAAAACAUAGAUCAUACGAUCAACGAGAUGAUGGGGAUGAGCGUGUCACAGACUUCCGUCAAACCUGUAACAAAGAACGAUAAUCUGGGAAAUCUUUCAAAUUCGUUAGAGCAAUUGGGUAGCCAAGAGAACGAGAAUCGGGAGAAUUCGAGACUUCCGGUCUCUCGGAUCGAAUCGAUGAACGAACAGGAGCUGAGGAAGGUGAAGAACGUAGCCCAGACACUGGACAAUGUGAUGAUGGAGAUCCAGAAACACGUGACUUUCGUUCGAAGCGUUUUUGACAGGCUUUGCAGGAAGCAUCAUUCUACAUCGUCCAAUCAAUCGAAUUCGAAUGAUAUUGGAAAAUUUGCGUCAAUGAAUCAACCUAAGAAAGUAUCGAUAUUUUAAAAGAUAUAUUAAUAUUCGUAAGGAAUAAUGCGAUUACUCGUCUUUUACGUAGUCCUUGAUUUCCUAAUUAAAUUUCUAAAAUAAUAAUAAAAUUCUAUAUAUAUUUGUAAAUAAAAAAAGAAAAAUAAUUGCGAUCGCCUCGAUAUCUCUUCGUAAAAAAAUAAUUUUAUAACAAUUCGACGAUGUUUUAUAAAAUCGAAAUGUCAAUAUUUUCAAUAAAAGUGUUGAGAAAAAAGA